AUGGCGGAGGACCUGGACCCCGGGGACCCCGGGGUCUGGGUGGGGGACGGCCUAGACAGCGACAUGACGGGGGCCUUUGGGGGCGAAGGGGGGGUAAGCACAGUAGCAGCUGGUGGGUCGCUCCACCUAUUGGUUGGUCACAAAAGACGGGGGGAGGCUGAGGGGGCGCUUCGGAGCCCACGCAUCCGUCGCCUCCACCACGAAGACCUUCUAUGCCUAUUUGGCAAACCACCCAAGAGACCGCGUUACGCAGCGGGCUGUCCGACUUCAGCGUUGACAUGUGAGCAGUCCCUCGACGACCCUUCCAACACCCAGGUUGGCCAGAUCGACGACUCCGAACCGGCGGUCGUCAACGAAGAGGUGGGGGGAGCGAUAAGUGACAAGGGCGCGGUUGACGAGGUGGCGAUAGCUCCAAGGGAGGCUUCGGAGCAGGAGCCGCGAAGCGGAGGGCAGCAGCAGUCGCAGAGCGGAGAGCAGCAAUGGCUGCAGGCUGGGGGGCAGCAGGCGUUGGUGACGGAGAUGGAGGUGGAGUCACAUGCCGGGGGGCAGCAGGAGCUGCAGAGCGGAGGGCAGCAGCAGCUGCGCAUCGAAGGGCAGCGGACGCUGCCGAGUGGAGGGGAGAAUCCAAGGAAAGGGCAGCCGGAGCUGCCGGGAGAACGCCAGCUGCCGGCGAGGGAGAAGCAAGCUGCAGACGUGGCAAUGGCCGAGCUAUCACGAGCCCAGGAAAUCCCACGAGAGGAGCGGCAGGAGCUGCAUACAGAAGGGCGGCGGGAGCUGCCGGCGCAGGGUCAGCGGAAGGUCGCGAAUUCGGAUGCUGUAAGCCAAGCGAGCAGAACCCGGGCACGGGGCCGAGGCGGGAGCCGACGUUCCUGCAAAUCGCAAGGGCGGAUUGGAAGCGGGGCUGCCGCACAGCAGGCGGAGGGGCAGCCGGGAGCGCCCGGUGCACCCCAGGGAGAGCGGCAGGCAGGGGGGCAGUCGAGGGCGCCCGGUGCACCCCAGGGAGAGCAGCAGGCAGGGGGGCAGCCGGGGGCGCCCGGUGCACCCCAGGGAGAGCAACAGGCAGGGGGGCAGUCGAGGGCGCCCGGAGCACCCCAGGGAGAGCAGCAGGCAGAAGGGCAGCUGAGGGUGCCCGGAGCACCCCAGGGAGAGCAGCAGGCAGGAGGGCAGCCGGGGGUGCCCGGAGCACCCCAGGGAGAGCAGCAGGCAGGGGGACAGCUGAGGGUGCCCGGAGCACCCCAGGGAGAGCAGCAUGCAGGAGGGCAGCCGGGGGUGCUCGGAGCACCCCAGGGAGAGCAGCAGGCAGGGGGGCAGCUGAGGGUGCCCGGAGCACCCCAGGGAGAGCAGCAGGCAGGGGGACAGCAAGAGCUGCCCGGAGGUCAACAGGCGUUGGCGGCAGAGAUGGAGGUGGAGCAGGGGGUCGGGGAGCAGCAGGAGCUGCAGGCUGGGGGGCAGCAGGAGCUGCAGGAGCUGGAGGUGGAGAUGGAGGAGCCGCAAGAGGAGGCGCGAGGGGAGCUGCCGGUACGCAUGCAGGACGGGAGUCAAACAGACAAUCAACCCCAGUCGCAGGCAGGGCGGCAAGGGUGUCAUGAGGGGAACCAGCCCUUGCUUGGAAGCGUGCAACAGGGGUUGCCGACGAGUGAGUCGCAGGAGUUGCAGGUGCAGAAUCAGCAGGGAGUCACUAGCCCGGGCGGCACAGGCCAAGCCGAAGGGUCGCGGGCACGGCGCCGAAGGGGGCGAGGACAGGGAGGGCAGCGGGAUGGGGGCCAGCCGGGGGCGACCCGGGCACCCCAGGGAGAGCAGCAGCCAGGGGGGCAGCCGGGGGUGACCGGAGCACCCCAGAGAGCGAAGCAGCCAGGGGGGCAGCCGGGGUUGACCGGAGCACCCCAGGGAGCGCAGCAGUCAGGGGGGCAGCCGGGGUUGACCGGAGCACCCCUGGGAGCGAAGCAGUCAGGGGAGCAGCCGGGGUUGACCGGAGCACCCCUGGGAGCGAAGCAGUCAGGGGAGCAGCCGGGGUUGACCGGAGCACCCCUGGGAGCGCAGCAGCCAGGGGGGCAGCCGGGGGUGACCGGGGCACCCCAGGGAGAGCAGCAGGCAGGGGGGCAGCCGGGGGUGACCGGGGCACCCCAGGGAGAGCAGCAGGCAGGGGGGCAGCUGGGGGCGGCUGGAGCACCCCAGAGAGAGCAGCAGCCGGGGGUGACCCGAGCGCUGCAGGGAGAGCAGCAGCCAUGGGGGCAGCCGAGGGUGACCGGAGCACCCCAAGGAGAGCAGCAGCCAGGGGGGCAGCGGAGGGCGACCGGAGCACCCCGGGGAGAGCAGCAGCCAGGGGGGCAGCCGGGGGUGACCGGGGCACCCCAGGGUGCGCAGCAGUCAGGGGGGCAGCCGGGGGUGACCGGGGCACCCCAGGGUGCGCAGCAGUCAGGGGGGCAGCCGGGGGUGACCGGGGCACCCCAGGGUGCGCAGCAGUCAGGGGGGCAGCCGGGGGUGACCCGAGCACCUCGGGGAGCGCAGCAGCCAGGGGGGCAGCCGGAGGUGACCCGAGCACCCCAGGGAGAGCAGCAGGCAAGGGGGCCGCCGGGGGCGACCGGAGCACCGCAGAGAGAGCAGCAGGCAGGGGGGCAGCCGGGGUUGACCGGAUCACCCCAGGGAGAGCAGCAGCCAUGGGGGCAGCGGGGGGUGACCGGGGCACCCCAGGGAGCGCAGCAGUCAGGGGGGCAGCCGGGGGUGACCGGGGCACCCCAGGGAGCGCAGCAGUCAGGGGGGCAGUCGGGGGUGACCCGAGCACCCGAGGGAGAGCAGCAGCCAGGGGGGCAGCCGGGGGUGACCGGGGCACCCCAGGGAGUGCAGCAGUCAGGGGGGCAGCCGAGGGUGACCCAAGCACCCGAGGGAGAGAAGCAGGCAUGGGGGCAGCCGGCGGCGACCGAAGCAUCCCUGAGAGAGCAGCAGCAAGUGGGGCAGCCGGGGCACAGUGGCGGAGCACCCCAGGGAGAGCAGCAGCCAAGGGGGCAGCCGGGGGUGACCGGUGCACCCCAGGGAACGCAGCGGCCAGGUGGGCAGCCAGGUGCGACUGGUGGAUCCCAGGGAGAGCAGCGGCCAGGGGGGGAGCUGAUGGACGACCUGGAGCAGCAGUUGGUGGAGUGGAGCCGACUUUUGGAGUUAGAUACUCCCAUGGCGACUGCGGAGGAACCAGAGGAAGACGGGGAGCCUCCCAUACCGCCUUCCCCAUGCCCUCGUUUUCCAUGUGACACGUGUUUUCACACGUUCGCUACGCGAGGGGCCGCUGCGAACCACAUGAGGGUAUGCAGGGCGGCUGAGGCGGAGAGGCGCGCGCAGGCACUUGGCUCGAUCCCGUCCCUGGUGGAGACCGACACGCAGGAGAGACCGACGCCGCGGGACUUUGGGGACGAGGCGUGGGCCGGGGUUACGUCAUGGGAGUGGGAAGCAUUUUUCAGUGUGGAGGCGGUUGGAGGGAGGACAGUGCGCCGGAUCCCACAGCGGGCCCGGGCGGGGGUCUUGGACGCGCUCUGCUGCAUCUUGAAGCGUUUGAAGAACCGACCGGGGGAUGAAGCCGCUACCCUCCUGCUCUUGGCGUUUCCGCGCCUCAUCCUAGCCUUGCCUCCCAAGCCAGGCAUAGGUCAGAAGGCACUGAUAAUAGAGCGGCUGGGGGCGUUCUGGGAGGGGAGGUGGCGGGAGCUGUUCGACUCUGCCAUGGCAGCGGCGCGGCCAGCAGUUCGUCCACUCGCCUACACUUGCUCUGACCAGGACCCGGAUGCCAUCCGCCUGUCACGCUGCUGA